UCGUCGUGUGAUGAUGACGUUAUACGGCCGGCGCGGGCGAGUGACGCGGCGCGGCCCGUUGUCUGUGUGGGGCUGAGGAGCCCCGAGGGCGGUGGGCGCUCCCGGUGGGGGCGGCGCGGGGUUAGUAGGGCCUGGACAUGGCGCUGAGGGGCCGCUCCGCGGGAAGAUGAAUAAGGGCUGGCUGGAGCUGGAGAGUGACCCAGGCCUUUUCACCCUCCUGGUGGAAGAUUUCGGUGUCAAAGGGGUGCAAGUGGAGGAGAUCUAUGACCUUCAGAGUAAAUGCCAGGGGCCUGUAUAUGGAUUUAUCUUCCUGUUCAAAUGGAUCGAAGAACGCAGGUCCCGCCGCAAGGUUUCUACGUUGGUGGAUGAUACCUCUGUGAUUGAUGAUGAUAUUGUGAAUAACAUGUUCUUUGCUCACCAGCUGAUUCCCAACUCUUGUGCCACUCACGCCUUGCUGAGCGUGCUUCUGAACUGCAGCAAUGUGGAUCUGGGGCCCACGCUGAGUCGAAUGAAGGAUUUCACCAAAGGCUUCAGCCCUGAGAGCAAAGGAUAUGCAAUUGGCAAUGCCCCUGAACUGGCCAAGGCACAUAAUAGCCAUGCCAGGCCAGAACCACGUCACCUUCCUGAGAAACAGAAUGGCCUCAGUGCAGUGCGAACCAUGGAGGCAUUUCACUUUGUCAGCUAUGUUCCUAUCACAGGGAGGCUCUUUGAAUUGGAUGGGUUGAAAGUCUACCCUAUUGAUCAUGGGCCCUGGGGAGAGGAUGAGGAGUGGACAGAUAAAGCCCGAAGGGUCAUCAUGGAGCGAAUUGGCCUCGCUACUGCAGGGGAGCCCUACCAUGACAUUCGCUUCAACCUGAUGGCAGUGGUGCCUGACCGCAGGAUUAAGUAUGAGGCCAGACUACAUGUACUGAAGGUGAACCGACAAACAGUCCUGGAGGCCCUGCAGCAGCUGAUUAGAGUAACACAGCCGGAGCUGAUUCAGACCCACAAAUCUCAAGAGUCACAACUGCCUGAGGAGAGCAAGCCAGCUAGCAGCAAGUCCCCCCAUGGUCUGGAGGCAGGCAGAACUCCAGCGGCCUCUGAGUGCACUCACACAGAUGGUGCAGAGGAGGUGGCUGGUUCAUGCCCACAAACUACAACCCAUAGUCCUCCCAGCAAAUCUAAGCUGGUGGUGAAGCCUGCAGGGAGCAACCUCAAUGGGGUUCCCCCAAACCCUACCCCUAUUGUCCAGCGGCUGCCAGCCUUUCUAGACAAUCACAAUUAUGCCAAAUCUCCUAUGCAGGAGGAGGAAGACCUGGCGGCAGGUGUGGGUCGCAGCCGAGUUCCAGUCCGAGCACCCCAGCAGUACUCUGAUGAUGAAGAUGACUAUGAGGAUGAUGAAGAUGACGUGCAGAACACCAAUUCUGCCAUCAGAUUCAAGCGGAAGGGGACAGGGAAGCCAGGAUCGUUGAGCAAUUCUUCAGAUGGGCAGCUGUCAGUGCUGCAGCCCAACACCAUCAAUGUCUUAACUGAGAAGCUUCAAGAGUCUCAGAAAGACCUUUCAGUUCCUCUGUCCAUCAAGACUAGCAGUGGGGCUGGGAGUCCAGCUGUGGCUGUGCCCACACACUCGCAGCCUUCACCCACCCCUAGCAAUGAGAGCACGGACACAGCCUCUGAGAUUGGCAGUGCUUUCAACUCACCCUUGCGUUCACCCAUCCGCUCGGCCAACCCAACACGGCCCUCUAGCCCUGUCACCUCUCACAUCUCCAAGGUGCUCUUUGGAGAAGAUGACAGCCUACUGCGUGUUGACUGCAUGCGCUACAACCGUGCCGUCCGUGACCUGGGUCCUGUCAUUAGCACGGGCCUGCUGCACCUUGCUGGAGAUGGUGUACUGAGUCCUCUGGCACUCACAGAGGGUGGGAAGGGUUCCUCACCUUCUACCAGAUCAAGCCAAGGCAUCCAGGGGUCCAGCAGCCUGGAGGAGGAGGUGGUGGAAGUCACAGAGAGCAGAGACAAGUCUGGGCUCAACAGGUCCAGUGAGCCCUUGAGUGGAGAGAAGUACUCACCCAAGGAGCUGCUAGCACUGCUGAAGUGUGUAGAAGCUGAGAUUGCAAACUAUGAGGCCUGUCUCAAGGAGGAGGUGGAGAAAAGGAAGAAAUUCAAGAUUGAUGAUCAGCGAAGGACCCACAACUAUGACGAGUUUAUCUGUACCUUCAUAUCCAUGCUGGCUCAGGAAGGAAUGCUGGCCAACCUAGUGGAACAGAACAUCUCAGUGCGGCGCCGCCAAGGGGUCAGCAUUGGUCGGCUUCACAAGCAGCGGAAGCCUGACCGGAGGAAACGCUCUCGCCCCUACAAGGCCAAACGCCAGUGAGAACUCUGGCCCUGACUCUGCAGCCUCUCUUGCCGCAAGGCCCUCACCAGGGCCCUUCACUGUCCUUCUUUUCCAAGUAUUACUGAGUCGUUCAACGAGAGCCCAGGCCCUGGGAGUGGGAGUGACAUGUGUAUUCUGCACUAUGCUCUGGGGCUUGGCAGGGACAGGGCAGCUCCAUAGUGCUCAGGAAGCAGCAGCUGGAACUGGAGAGUGCUAUGGCCUCCACAGCCAUCUGAUGAGCAGCGGGACCUGGCCUUUUUGCCUGGGCAGCAGGAUAUUCAUUCUACCUAUUGGAGAUGUUUAUUUUGGGGGGCUUUUGGCUAUCUUGCCACUGUAUUAACAUGGCAGCUUCCUGACUCUGCUGUCUCUCCCAGCAGCUGUCAUUGUGCUGGGGCCAGGUCUGUUAUAACAUACUGCAGUCCCAGCUGGGAAACGCACCAGCCACUAGCCUGUCCUUGUUGUGGAGAAGCUUGGCCUACUCUUGAUUCCUCUGGGUGAGCACCAGACUCAGGGACCUGGCUGCUGAGCUGGAAUGGGUGUGGGGAUCCAUUCGUAGGAUGUACAGCCUAUCGGGGUCCCACAGCUAUAGUGGGGACAAGGGUUUGAACUGUCCCCGUGGCAUGCAGACUGCCUGUCAGUGAGUCAGAGCAGGGCUCUGGGGCUCUUUGCCUUCAGUGUUGUGGCCCUGGCCAUGGGCCUGCCUUAGGCUCCUAAUCUCUGUCUCUGGGGCCCAGAGGAGCCUCUGCCUAGCCCCUCAGUAUUACCGUGUCUUCUCUUAAAAAUAUCAGAGGCAGGGCUGCUUAAAUAAAGCUGGCACUAUUCAAUUCUCCCUACUGUGCCAGCUUUCUUGGCCUCUUGCAAGGUACUCAGGGUAGGGGACAGGGUCAAGAGGAGUUAGAACUUCUGUGUUCCCAUAGGGCUUGAUACCAAUGGGGCAGUAAGCACAGCACUGCUUCAAGCUCCAGCCCCAAAUAGCCCUGUGCCCUCUGCUAGAUACAGGUGAUCCAAGCAGGUUUCUUAUCUGUACAUAGUAACUGUAGGGAGAUGGUCAGAAGUCUGAUCCCUCUAGUUUCUGUAAAUAUUGAAUCAGUGAGUGAAUAAAAGUGUGCUAAUAAAUGA